AAAGACAAAAAUUAGAAAAUAAAUUUAACUUUGAUCCUGCUCAGAAGGUUCGGGAUAUGGUAGAAGAAAUGAGAAAAGCAAUUGAAAAAAGUGGUAGAGGUGGUUCGGAAAAUGACAAUGGCCAAGACGGAAAUAACGGAGGAGAAGGAAAUGAUGACCUUAAUGGAAAUAGUAGCAAAAGGACCUCGCAGAGGAGAGAAGGAGGAAAUGAUGCCCAAUCUAAUCAGCAACUAAUUAUCCUUGCCGUGGAAGAAUUAGAAUUACCCGAAGUCAAAAAAAUUAUCGAGCAGUGCACAGAAAAAAUUAAUAAAACUUCUCUAAAAGAACUUGAUAAAGUUAAAAAGCACGCAAUUGGAUUAAUUGAGCAAGAAAGAUUUAAGAGACGAAAAGAACAUUGGAGAAGACAGGUUCAUAAUUGA